GAGCAGUGGGACAGCACGGAUCAGUCAGUGUGAAGACGCGACCGAACAAGAAGAAGGCAAACUGUCGAUGAGCUCCUAGGAGCCAAAACAUUUCUCUGAUUGUUGGGGAUCCCACCAUUCAACAGCCAGGAUGGCUCGGGAUAUGUCAGAUAAGGACAUCUUGAAAAUGGAGCUGGAACAGUUGAAAAAGGAAGUGAACACACCCAGAACACCAGUGGCUGCAAACUGUGCAGAAACGGUUUCUAUGGUUGAGGGACUGUUACCAAAUGAUCCGCUGAUUAAGGGCGUUCCAGAUGACAAGAACCCCUACAAGGGAGACAAGGGAGGCUGUAUAGUGACAUAGCACACAGACAUCCAAGGAAAAGUCACAAUGUUUUUUAUGAGAGCUGGUUACGUUGCUAUGUUUCCGUAGAAUUCUUGUGGAUAAAAUGUACAGUAGUAAGAAAACUAAGAUCUGUAAUGGUAUUGCUACCAGGAGAGAGACUCUUUUCCAUCACUGGAUUACCGAAUGUACCUGUUGAUAUCAAAAUGUUUCAUUG